AUGGAAUGGAAUCAAUUGAUUUUGAACUAUGAGUUAACAGAGAAUGAUUGGUUGAGAGAUUUAUACCAGCGGCGGGAAAAAUGGAUUCCCGCAUACCUACGGACCAUGUUUUGUGCGGGGAUGUCUACAACUCAAAGAAGUGAGAGUAUGAAUAAUUUCUUCAAGGAUUUUGUGCAUUCAAGUAUGUUGGUAAGUGACUUCGUUUAUCAGUAUGAGAAAGCAUUGGACAAAAGAUAUCAGAGCGAGAAGGAAAAAGAUGUGAAAACAAGAACCACAAAAGCAAUUCUAAAGACAUGUUACAAAAUGGAGGUCCAAGCAGCAGAAGUUUAUACAAGGAGAAUAUUUUCAUUCUUCCAGAAGGAAUUAUUCUUGAGUCAAAACCAGAGUGUGUCCAAGUUCUAUGAGGGGGGAACAACAAAGACAUAUAACGUGGUGGCCGAUGGAAAAGAAAACCUUGUCUAUGAAGUAGUUUUUGAUAUUCUGGAAAAGAAAGCAGUUUGUUCAUGCCAUAAGUUUGAAUUUGUUGGAAUUCUUUGCCGGCACAUUCUCGCCUUGUUUGCUAAAAAGUCACUUGCUAGUCAUCUCCCCGAGUAUUAUAUUCUGCGAAGAUGGACUAUAAAUGCAAAGAGUCAUGUUGCCAAUGAGAUUUCUCCUACUUUGAUGAGUCAAGUAACACUACAAGAAGGCUCAAAAGGCUCCUCUACAUUUACUAAGCACAACCUGAUGAUAGAGGUCUCGAAAGUUGUUGAAGAGGGUCAAAAAUCACAAAAGAAACAUGAUCAUUUAGCCAUUGCUUUGCAGAAGUUGCACUGUGAACUUCGAGCUAUGGAAGAUGAUGAUGAAAUUGAUAUUGAAGAUGAUUUGGAAAGUUCACCUCCACUUGAAGGUGGUACUGAACUUCUAUCGAAUAUAACAUUUACGUUACAUGACCCGCCACAUGUUGCUUCAAGGGGUCGACCUAAAUCUCUCAGACAAAAACAUCCCAAAGAGAAUCAUAUGGGCAAAAAAAGGAAGUGUAGCAUUUGCAAGCAACCAGGGCAUACUAGAACUACUUGUCACAUACAAAAGCAAGUCGGGGAUAAUGUUGGCGGUACAAGUUCAUCACCUAGUGUCUUAAUUGUGUCUACAAACCAAAAUCUGCACGAGGCGAAUUUGGAUUUCCAUAAUCCUAUUAGCAUGUCCCAAGAUCCUAAGUGUUCUACAUUCAUGGAUCUAAUGAUGGAGGCCCCAUACACAUCCUUAUUUUGA